CAACGCAGGUAUAAAUGUGUAAUUGAUUCAUGUAAUAUUACCCAUCAAGGAAGCUAUUUAAACAGAUAUUUGCCAAUUUGCAAUAUAGUUUGUUUUUGUUCUAUUACGAAAAGUUCAGCACAGUCAAUAAAGAAUGUUAGCGGCUACUGGCAACAGUCCUGUAUCAACUCAUAUGGUCGAACAAGAGUCUGGAACUCUGCCAGUUCAAACAGGAAAAAUCAAACUGCAAGAAUUCAUUGUUUGGAAACAUAAAUUGUUUAGCGUCAUACACAUUGUUCUUGGUGUUGCUUUAGGAAUUGUCAGUAUAAUUGGAAUGAGUUGCGAUAUUAUUGCCAAAGAAAAACAUGAAGAUUGCCUAAAAAAUGGUCAUACCUUGUAUAGCACUAAUCAUUCGCUACUAGACUUUGACAUACCAUGUUUGAUAUGCUCUGUAUUUUACAUUAUUACCGGUUUGCUGCCUUGCUGUAUGACAGAAAAGAGAAAAUCUAACUGGCGAUGUCUGGUACAUGGCUUUCAGUUGUGUAGCUUAAUUGGAUCAUUAGUUCUUGCUCCCACUAUGGCGUAUCUAGGAUAUCUUGGUGCAAUAAAGCGAAGAAGUUAUAACGAGAGCACUACGAUUAUCUCAGUUUGUAUUGCUGGUCUAUUCGUUGCUGAAUGGAUUCAUGGAAUUGCAAUCAUUGUCGGUUCAGUCUGUUCUUGCUUCUCGGAAAUGGAAUCAUCAAAUCAGCAGGAUGUUAUUGUUGUGAACAGCACACAACUUCAAGUGAUUUCCACAGCAAAUGUUGCACCAGCUAUAAUGACUAUUGAAGAAACAUUCUACCAUAUAGUUCAGAAUUAUGGACCGCCGCAGUAUCAGGGGAUUAAAACAAAUGAACCAGAAGUGGAUAACAUUCAGAAAUAAACAGUACACAACAAGAUUGUGAUACCAAUGCACCAUCUAACAACAGUAUAGAUGGUAGACAUUCUAAAAUACAGAGUUAUUAUUACGUAUAUACAUUGACCUUCAUGUCAUCAUAAUCGCAAUGCAUGGAUAUUGCUUUUGUAAAACAAAACAAGUUAUUUACAAACGAGCAGUAAAAAUAGAAAAAAAAAGUUGUUUUUGUAUUCUUUUUUUUUAUAAAACUAUAUAAUAAUGUAUUCUUAAGAGGUACAAAAUGAAAGUUUUAUAUCAUAUUUACUUCCUUAUAAAAGAAGAAAUUAUUUUUCACUUUGUACCAAAGGGAUUAUUAUCUUAUCAGAUAACAAUUGACUAUAAAUAUGUUUACACUUAAAUUGAUCUGUAAACCUAUGUGUAUUUGGUUUUAGGAGGAGUAGUUCAAUGGAUAAUUUUAGUCCCUAAGUGGUCUUUUGCUACACAAAUAUUAAUACUGCUCUCUAUAAAUAAACCUAUAUAGGUGGCAGUCGUAUCUGUUUACAAAUUAACUAUCGUAAAACAUAUCCUAAAGUUAAGACCACCAUAAGAUCAUCUUAAGACACUCAAAUAUGUGUUCAAAGUGAGGACAAUUCCUAUUAAUUUUCCUGAAUUACGACAUGUUUGGUUAACCAACUUAAGACUAAGAUACGUUCUAAGAUGAUCUUAGAACAUGUCUAAGCCCUCAGAGCGCUUCGAUAAACAUGCCCCUGGAGUUUGUUUUGCUUUAGUUAUGAAGAUGUUUGCCAUGAGAUUCAUUGUUAAUUUGCUUUAUUACAUCUUUCCACAAUUGAGUUUAUUGUGCUAUUACAAUGUCACACUCCUGUUGUUUAAACCAAGAGUUUAACCUAAAGUGUUUUUUUUCUCUCGCUAGAACUUGACAAUUUAGUGAACAUAUUUGAAGAUUUUUUGUUUUCCUUCUGAUAUUAAAGUAUUUUCAUUUUUAAUCUGUUUGAUUAAUUAAUUUAAAUCGAUCGGAUUUUGAAAGCCAGUUCUGUCUAUAGUGACCCAGAAAAACACAAGGUUAUUUUAAGACCUAUUAAUAGGAUUGUUAAAGUUAGUGUUUAUUUUUAGCCUCAUUACUGACUUUCCGAAAAACUCUUGUACUUGGAAUACAAAAUAUACAUGUUUUGAUAAACUUCUUUCGGUAUUCAAAAUACCACAUGCUAUAACUGGAAUUACUAGGACGAUUUUUUUGUACUUCCAGAUGAUUUUGAUUUUCAUAUACAUGUACAAAUGUAUGACAGAAAUUGUACCACGGAAUUUUCUAAUUAGCCAAAUGCCUUUACUUGAAAUGCGAGCUUCUUGAGCUAUGCGUACGUGUGGGAUAAGAACUUUAAAGAACGGAAUAAUAUUGUUUUUUGGUGUUUCUCUGAUGUCUUACAUAUGCGUGUGGCAUUUGUUGUGGAUUCAGCAUAUAUUUUUAGAUUGGUGAUUUCAACUGAUGUUUUCCGUUAAUUAAAAGUUAUCUGUUCGUAUCAUGAAGAAAAUGAUAUCUCAAGGUUAAAACAAUUACUGAUAGUGUGCCUUUAUAGUUGAUGAAGAGUGUUUUUUUUUUUAUAUGCAUGAAUGAAAAACUUCCUGAUGACUAUGGGUAGUAAUGAUGAAUUUUGUAAGCGUGGUGUUCUUACAUGUCGUUAUUUCAGUGAUCAAAUCUAUAAAAAAAAAUAUUAUUUGUUUGGGAACAAUAUUUUUUAUCCAUGCGGAUUUAUAAUCUUUGAAUUCAUAAUCUUUACAUUUUUCAUAAGCAUAAUCCCUAUAUGCAAUAUUUACGACAUUUUUAGAUAAACACAUAUGA